AUGAAAGAGGUGAAUUGUCCCUUGGAUCUCACGACUUGUAAUGUAAUGAUUGAUGUUUAUGGUCAGCUUGACAUGGUGAAAGAAGCUGAUAGGUUGUUUUGGGGUAUGAGGAAAAUGGAUAUUGAACCAAAUGUUGUCAGCUACAACACGAUUCUCCGUGUUUAUGGUGAAUCUGAGCUUUUCGGUGAAGCUAUCCAUCUUUUCAGGUUGAUGCAGAGGAAAGACAUUGAGCAGAACGUUGUUACUUACAACACGAUGAUUAAGAUCUAUGGGACGACUAUGGAGCACGAAAAGGCAACGAAUCUUGUUCAGGAGAUGCAGAGCAGAGGAAUCGAACCUAACGCGAUUACAUACUCAACUAUUAUCUCAAUAUGGGGGAAAUCUGGUAAAUUAGACCGAGCUGCAACACUGUUUCAGAAACUGAGGAGCUCAGGUGUUGAAAUUGACCAAGUUCUGUAUCAGACGAUGAUUGUGGCUUAUGAAAGAUUUGGUCUAAUGGGUCAUGCUAAACGUCUGCUACAGGAGUUAAAGCGUCCUAAUAACAUACCUAGAGAAACCGCUAUCACCAUUCUUGCUAAAGCAAGGAGAAUAGAAGAGGCCACAUGGGUUUUCCGACAAGCUUUUGAUUCAGGGGAGGUAAAAGACAUAUUCGUUUUUGGAUGUAUGAUCAAUCUUUAUUCGAGAAACCAAAGGUACGUGAAUGUCAUUGAAGUGUUUGAGAAAAUGAGAAGCGCUGGUUAUUUCCCGGAUUCAAACGUCAUAGCUAUAGUGUUGAACGCUUACGGGAAACAAAGAGAGUUCGAAAAGGCGGAUACGGUUUACAGAGAGAUGCAAGAGGAAGGAUGUGUUUUUCCUAAUGAGGUUCAUUUCCAGAUGCUGAUAUAUACUCGUCAAAGAAAAUUUUCGAGAUGGUUGAAUCUUUGUUUGAGAGAUUGGAAUGUGAUCCUAAUGUCAAUAGCAAGGAGUUGCAUUUGGUUGUGGCGGCUCUGUAUGAGAGAGCACGGGAUCGAUCGAUCUCAUCUAGGGGAUCGGUCGAUCCAGACCGAUCGAUUAAGCUCUGAGAAAGUCGAUCGGUUUAUGUUCCGCAUUUUUCAAUAA